AUGAAGGUUCGAAGCAACUCACCUCUGAGACAAAUAUGUCCAUCGAACACCCACUUCGAGAUCUGCAAGCUUCAACGAACAAGUAGUGACAAAGAAUGUGUAGAUUUGAGAUGGUGUAGAUAUGAGAUGAAGAAGGUUUUCAAGAAAAGAAACAGUCACAAAGAUGAAGGCGAUGACAACGAAGACGAUGAUGGUGUAGAUCUGAUGAAGAGGUCACGUUCUCCGGCGAGACGGCAAUCACGACAAUGUGACAGUUCCAAAGAAGAUGAGGCGUUUGUGAACAAUGAAGCUUUUGAUGGUGGUGGAAAAGGAGAUUCAGGUGGUUUUUUUAGGAUUUUAGACAAAGAUGUGAGAUGGUGGUAG